AUGAAAUCUGCAGAUCCGGUCUCGCGUGAUUGGACGGACGGCCUCCUCUCGAAGAUUUUCCGCGAUGCCAAUCAGCCACUACCGCCUGGAAGAAAAGAAAAGCGCUAUAUUCUCUUUGACGGUGACGUGGACGCAGUUUGGGUGGAGAGCAUGAAUUCUGUGAUGGACGACAACAAGCUUUUGACAUUGUCAAACGGUGAACGCAUUCGGCUGGAAAAGCAUUGUGCAUUGCUCUUUGAGGUUUCGGACUUGCAGUAUGCCUCUCCAGCCACUGUUUCGCGCUGUGGAAUGGUAUACGUGGACCAGAGGGACCUUGGCAGUGGACCUUACUACGAUACUUGGGCGAGAAGCAAGUCAAAUGAGCAACUGCUUGAAGUUUUGGACUACUUGUACGAGAAGUAUGUCCGUCAGUGCUUAGCAUUCAUCUUGCAAGAAAAGGGAAGAGAAGAUGAAGCGCCAGUGCCUGCCAAAUGCAUAUCAAGGACAGACGUCAGCAUGGUUGCUCAGCUGUGCAAACUAAUGGAUAUCAUGGUCCCAGAUGAAGUUUACGCUGAGGCGAAUGCAGAAAAGCUAGAAAACGCGUUUCUGUUUUCCUUGGUCUGGUCCCUCGGAGCAACCCUUAAAGGUGAAGAGCAGCGACGUCUCGAUGUUUUCCUGAAGACACUCUCGGGAAAAGCAUCUAUAAGCCAAAGUCUCUUUGAUAGCUUCUAUGACCUGCCAACAAACGCGUGGCUUUCAUGGGAGUCUAAGAUCCCGCAGUAUUCUCCAGAAGCAGGUGUGUCGUUCACCAGCGUUUUCGUACCGACUACAGACACUGUCCGGGCAAUGUGGUUGCUACAAGGCUUUUCGUCGAAGGCGCUUCCUACUCUUUUCAUUGGAGAGUCAGGAACCGCCAAGUCUAUGAUGAUAAAGAGUUGGCUAAACACGCUUGAUAGUGAAAAAUACUUGCAGCUUCAAAUGAACUUCAGCAGCAGAACUACCUCCCUCGACUUUCAGAAAGCCCUAGAAGAUAAUAUUGACAAACGGAUUGGGCGCCUCUAUGGGCCUCCUUCUGGGAAGAUGCUUAAGGUCUUUUUGGAUGACCUCAACAUGCCAAUGGUAAAUGGCGCUUGCUUGUAUCAGCCGUUGCACCACCGUUUAGCUAGUCAGGGAGCUGCAUACUUUCACUAA